AUGUUGAGCGAAUACCUCAAUGAAGGCAAAUUAGUGCCCGAUAAAGAUGUGGUGAACACUAUAGCAGAUGGUAUUCGUGUUCUGAAAAUAGGAAAACAUUGUUAUCCAAUCUUGAAGCGGACCUGCUCAGACAAAAUAAUUACAGUUAAUGAUGAGGAGAUUCGCCAAGCGUUGAAACUUAUUUGGACCAGAACGAAGCAAAGAGUGGAGCCGUCAGCUGCUGUACCAUUAGCUGGACUGUUGAAGGUUUCCCCAGCGGAUUUAGGACUAAAAAAUGUGGUGUUGAUCUUAUGCGGAGGCAAUGUAGAUCUAGAUUUCAUACCGUAA